UUACAGUUCUGAUAUGAGUCAACAAGAAACUCUACCUGAAAUGACCCAAGACUGGACCAAAGAACAUGUGAAAAAAUGGGUAACUGAAGACCUUAAAAUUGAUGAGAAAUAUGGACAAAUUCUGCUCAGUGAAGAAGUGACAGGAUUAGUCCUCAAGGAAUUAACUGAGAAAGACCUUAGAGAUAUGGGAUUACCACGGGGUCCAGCACUUCUGAUAAAACGUGGGUAUAACAAAUUGAAUAAUAGUUCCCCUGAAAGUCACAAUGAGGAUUCUGGGCAAUUAGAUCACCCAAAAAGUUCUAAAAAAAGGUACCAAGAUAAGCCACAACAGACAGAAAAGGAAAAAUCGGUAUCGUCCGAUAUUAAUGAUGAUCUCACAAACAUCAGAGAUGCCAAAGAACAAGAAUCUAUUGUCAAGAAAGAAAAUGCAACAAAUGAAGCAGCAGUCACUGAAGGCAGAAAAAAGAAUAAGGGAAAAAUUGAACAGCUGACUUGUAUGCCAUGUCCUUUUGAUCAGUUCCACGACAGCCAACGUUAUAUAGAGCACUAUAUUCUACAACCUGAAACAGGACCACUCAAUCUCAUUGACCCAAUACAUGAGUUCAAACUCCUCACAAAUACAGAAACAGCCACAGAAAAGGACAUUCAUAUGAAAUUUAGCAAUGAAGCCUUCCGAUUUGCAUCAGCUUGUAUGAACUCACGUACAAAUGGCACUAUCCAUUUUGGAGUCAAAGACAAACCCCAUGGAGAAAUUGUUGGUCUGAAAGUCACCAGUAAGGAUGGCUUCAUUGACCACUUCAAUAAAAUUAUCAAACAGUAUUUUGAAGAAAGCGAUAUCAAGGAAGCCAGGAAGUGUAUUCGGGAGCCACGGUUUGUGCAAGUUCUACAGCAGAACAGUACACUAUCUGAUAGAUUUGUCAUUGAAGUAGAUGUUAUUCCAAGACAUUCUGUAUGUAAAAAGAAGUAUUUCUAUAUUAAAAUGCAAAUCUGUAAAGAUAGCGUAUGGAGACAAGACAAAGAAUAUUCACUAUUUGUGAGAAAAGGGGCUACUACCAAGGAUAUCCUCUCUAAUGUCAGGCAAAAGGAUGCAGAUUUCAAAGCAUUUUUACUAGAUUUAGAUUCGCUGGUGGCAUCUAGGAGAGAGGCAGAAGAAGAAUAUGGAGUGCAGGGAAACAAGAAGGAGAGGGAAGGACUAAAACUAGUCAAACUUCUCAUAGGAAGCCGAGACUCACUGGAUAACUCAUACUAUGACUGGUAUAUUCUUGUAACAAACAAAUGCCAUCCAAACCAAACAAAGCACUUAGAUUUUCUAAAAGAAAUUAAAUGGUUUGCUGUGUUGGAGUUUGAUCCUGAAUCUGUGACCCAUGGGGUGGUCAAAGCUUACAAAGAAAGUCGAGUAGCAAACCUUCACUUUCCAAGUCAGUAUGAACAAAAGACAACUACUAUUAGAGAGAUGAUCUCUACUCUGAAUCUUUAUGAGCAACCCAGCUGGAUCUUCUGCAAUGGCAGAUCAGACCUGAAUGAUGAGACAUACACACCUCUAGAACCACAUUUAUGGCAGAGAGAAAGAGCUUCUGAAGUCAGGAAACUGAUUUUACUUCUUACAGAUGAAAAUAUAAUGACAAGAGGGAAAUUCUUGGUUGUGUUUCUCUUAUUCUCUUCAGUGGAAAGCCCAGGAGAUCCACUCAUUGAAACUUUCUGUGCUUUCUACCAAGCUCUCAAAGGAAUGGAAAACAUAUUGUGUGUCUGUAUAAACUCACAGAUUUAUCAGCGAUGGAAAGAUCUACUGCGAACAAGAUUGACGAUAGCAGAUGAAUUAACAGACCACAGUAUUUCCACUUUAAAUUUAGAACAGAUAAACAGUACUAUUCUGAAACUAAAAUCAGUGAUUCAGUCAUCAAGAAGGUUUCUGCCCUCCCAAGGAUCUUCUUCUGUUAUCCUAGAGAAAAAGGAAGAGGAUAUCUUUACUGCCCUGGAAAUCCUCUGUGAAAAUGAGUGUAGGGAUACAGAUAUAGAGAAAGAUGAAUCUAAAUUCCUAGAAUUUAGGAAAUCAAAAGAAGAACAUUUUUAUCGAGGUGGCAAAGUAUCUUGGUGGAACUUCUAUUUUUCUUCUGAAAAUUAUUCUUCAGCUUUUGUCAAAAGAGACCGUUAUGAAAACCUUAAAGAUCUGAUCCAGUGCUGUGCAGAGUCUCCUAAAGCAGUAUUUGCAAAAAUCAUCAAUCUUUAUCAUCAUCCAGGCUGUGGAGGGACUACAUUGGCUAUGCAUGUUCUCUGGGACUUAAAGAAAAACUUCAGAUGUGCUGUGUUAAAAAAUAAAGCAACUGAUUUUACAGAAAUUGGAGAACAAGUGACCAAUUUGAUCACAUACAAAGCAAGCAGCCAUCAGGAAUAUAUUCCUGUACUUCUCCUGGUGGAUGACUUUGAAGAACUAGAAAACAUCUACGUUCUACAGAAUGCCAUCCAUUCCAGUUUAGCGGAGAAGGCUUUGCGAUAUGAAAAAACAUUGGUAAUUAUUUUAAACUGCAUGAGGUCCCAGAAUCCUGAUGAAAGUGCAAAAUUAGCAGACAGCGUGGCACUAAAAUAUCAACUUUCUCCCAAGGAACAGAGAGCUUUUGAGGCCAAACUGGAAGAAAUUGAAAAGCAGCACAUGAAUUGUGAAAACUUUUAUUCCUUCAUGAUCAUGAAAAGCAAUUUUGAUGAAAUGUACAUAGUAAAUGUGGUCAGGAACAUCCUGAAAGGACAGACUGUUGGCAGCAAGGAAACACAACUCAUUUCUUUCCUGGCUCUACUUAACUCUUAUGUUACUGAUUCUACCAUUUCAGUGUCACAGUGUGAAAUGUUUUUGGGAAUCACAUUUACCAGGACACCCUGGGAACCUGAAACCCUGGAAGACAAGAUGGGAACCUGUUCUACACUUCUCAUAAAAACAGAAGUUGCAGACUAUGGAAGAUACACGGGUGUGCGCAUCAUUCACCCUCUGGUGGCCAUUUACUGUCUGAAAGAACUGGAAGAAAGCUACCACUUGGAUAAAGGUCAAAUUGCAUUGGAGAUAUUACGUGAGAAUUUAUUCUACAAGUCUGGAAUAGGAAGAGACAAAUUUCUCCAUGAUGUACAAACACUUCUGCUUACAAGGCAGCGCAAGGAGUGUGGUGAUGAAACGGACACUUUGUUUUCCCCAUUAAUUGAAGCUUUACCAAAUAGAAAAAUUGAAAAGGUCUUGAAGGAAGGAAGUAUCCGAUUCCCACAAAAUGCAUUUAUUUGCCAAGCCUUAGCAAGAUAUUUCUAUAUUAAAGAGAAGAACUUUAACUCUGCUCUACAUUGGGCAAAUCAAGCCAAAAAGAUAGCACCUAAAAAUUCCUAUAUCUCAGAUACACUUGGUCAAGUCUACAAAAGUAAAAUAAAAUGGUGGCUGGAUAAAAACAAAACCUGUAGGAACAUUACUGUUAGUGAUCUAACACAUUUACUAGAAACAGCUGAAAAAGCCUCAAGAGCUUUCAAAGAGUCCCAACAGCAAACCGAUAGCAAAGACUACGAAACAGAGGCCUGGUCACUACAAAAGUCCCAAAGAAAAUAUGACAUGUAUAAUACAGCUGGUUUCUUGGGUGAAAUAGAAGUUGGAUUUUAUACUGUCGAGAUUCUUCAGCUCAUUCCCUUUUUCCUCAAAGAAAAUGAACUAGCCAAAAAACCUAUGGUACAAUUUUUAUCAGGAAUAGGAGCUAUUCCUGCUGAUCCAAAAGAUGAAUAUCAUUUGACUCUUAGAAAUUUCACAUCCUACCUACAAAAUUUAAAAUUAGAUUUGAAAAGGUGUUUUGACUUCUUUGUUGAUUAUAUGAUUCUUCUGAAAACAAGGAAUACCCUAAAAGAAAUUGUGGAAAUCAUAUUAAGCAAGAAAGUCAGCCGUUACUUCAGGAAAUACACGGAACUUUUCUGCGAUUUGGAUUUGGAUCCAUUACAAAGCCAAGAGUUACUCCAAGAGGAGAACUGCAGGAAAAAGCUAGAAGCUUUGAGAGCAGACAGAUUUUCGGGACUCCUGGAAUACCUUACCCCAAAGCACAAAGAUGCUGCAAACAUAAUGGAAAGUAUAGUGAACACAUACAGCUUCCUAUUGCAACAAAACCCAAAUAAACGGCUGAUAAAGGAGAAACAAAACUUCAUCUUGGCAAACAUUAUUCUCAGCUGUCUGAAACCCAACUCCAAGUCUAUUCAACCAUUUAACGUGCUGAAAAAACAGCUCCGGGAAGUCUUGCAAUUAGUAGAACCAACUCAUCAAUAUCCAGACCCUUAUUUCUUAGCCUGCCUCCUGUUCUGGCCAGAAAAUCAGGAGCUAGAUUCAGAUUCCAAACUAAUGGAAAAGUAUGUUUCAUCUUUAAAUAGAUCCUUCGGGCGACAGUACAGGCCCAUGUGCCGAUCCAGGCAGGCCAGUACAUUUUUCUAUCUGGGGAAGAGCAAGGGUCUCCACAGUAUUGUUCACAAGGCUGAAAUAGAACAGUACUUCAGUAAAGAACAAAACACAAAUUCCCUGUGGCAGAGCGGUGAUGUGUGGAAAAAAAAAGAAGUCAAACACCUCCUGCGACGUCUAACUGGUCAGGCUCAUGGCAAGCUAAUCCUUAUAGAAUAUGGAGUAAGGGAAAAAAUUAAAAUACCAGUGACAUCUGUUUAUUCAGGUCUACUCAGAAGUGGUGGGAACAUAGAAAAAGUGUCCUUCUACCUAGGAUUUUCCACGGAAGGCCCUCUGGCAUAUGACAUAGAAGUAAUUUAAGAGAUCUUAGUUCAAAUAUAUUUAUUCUUAUCUCUCUCUGACUUUAUCCCCGGUAUUCACAUGGCAUCUUGAUGACAUUUUUGGCAUACCUCUGAUAAUUAUGAUGUCAUUAUUGCAUUCUGCUUUUGUCUCCCAGACUAUAAACCUUCUUAGGGCAUGAAAUAUAUCUACACAAAGAGCCUGAUACUAGUACAGUCAAUUAAUUAAUGUCCUUAAAAUUACAUUUUCAGACUAACAUAUUUAGUUAAGAAUUUUCAAUGAGUAUCCACUGGUCACAGCUAACUACUAACAAAUACAUCAAUAAAAUCUG